AUGACGGCGAUGUGCUACGUCGGCGCGAUUCGGCGUCGGCGCGCGACGCGCGGCGAGACGGCGUGCGUCGCGAAGAUUUGUGAACGGUGGAGCGCGCGCGUCGGCGGGCGACUGGGACGCGUGCGAGCGUCGCUGGAGGCGGAGGAUGGGUCGGCGGCGGCGCGAGCGGUGGCGAGGGAGGUGGGAAAGUGCGAGGCGGAGGCGACGGCGCUCGCGCGGCGAUUCGCGCACGAGGCGAUCGAGGCGACGGAGGCGUUCGAGACGCGCGAGGCGGCGGACGACGCGACGACGUCCGAGGCGCGCGGUGACGGUGACGGUGACGGUGACGGUGACGGCGUGAAUGGGAUACCGGAGAAGUGGCGCAUGGCGUGCGGGAACGUGAACGGAUACUUGGAGUACGCGGGGGCGACGUUGACGUUUGAGGAGUGGGCGCGGGUGCGCGAGGCGUUCGACGCCGUCGUGACGGAGGUGGACGGGGACGACGCGAGCGCGCGGUACGUGCGCGACGAUGGGAAUUGGAACGCGAUGAAGGCGAUGAUGGAUGAUUCCGUCGUGCGACCGAGAAGGCUGUCGCAGGUGGAGAAUAACGCGCGGUACGCGAACGCCAAAGCCGAGCUCGACGAGGCGAAAAAGGCGUGGAAGGAGGCGAACGAAAUUUACAAGGACGCGCGAAGGAGAAUUAAGCAGGCCAGGCACGAGGUGCACAAAACGCGCAAGGCGGUGAGAAUAGAGUACAGAUGA